AUGGCUGAAGCUACCCUUCACAACGUGCCAAUUGUCAUCGACAAUGGCAGUGGGACCAUUCGUGCUGGAUUCGCAGGCGAAGAAAUCCCAUCAUGUUAUUUCCCCUCGUUCGUCGGUCGUCCCAAACAUCCCCGGGUGAUGGCCGGCGGUCUCGAGGGUGACUCGUUCAUCGGUGCUCGCGCCCAAGAACUCCGGGGGCUGUUAAAAAUCCGCUAUCCCCUUGAGCAUGGUAUUGUCACAAAUUGGGAUGAUAUGGAAUCCAUCUGGCACUAUGUCUACGAAAACGAGCUCAAAACCCUCCCUGAGGAGCACCCCGUAUUGCUCACCGAACCACCGCUGAACCCUCGCGCCAACCGCGACAUGGCCGCGCAGAUAAUGUUUGAGGCAUUCAAUGUGCCGGCAUUGUAUGCGUCCAUCCAGGCUGUUUUGUCUCUCUACGCGUCCGGACGCACCACGGGUGUGGUCCUAGACUCCGGAGACGGUGUAUCGCACGCUGUGCCCGUCUUUGAGGGUUUCGCUAUUCCCAACAGUAUUCGCAGGAUCGAUGUGGCUGGACGAGAUGUGACAGAACAAAUGCAGUUGCUCCUACGGAAAUCUGGCCAUGUGCUGCAUACUAGUGCCGAGAAAGAAGUGGUGCGGAUGAUCAAAGAGAAGGUCUGCUACGUGUCCUUAGACCCAAAGCGCGAGGAGAAGGAGUGGAUGAACAACUAUCACAAAUCGGAAGCCAAAGCAGUCGAUUACACCCUGCCAGAUGGCCACAAGAUCAAGAUCGGUCAAGAACGCUACCGCGCGCCCGAAAUCCUUUUCGAUCCUGAACUCAUCGGUCUGGAAUACCCUGGUGUGCACCAGAUCGUCCAGGACGCCAUAACACGCACAGACCUCGACCUGCGAAAAUCGUUAUACCUCAACAUAGUGCUCUCCGGUGGCUCAACCCUGUGCAAGAACUUCCCAGAUCGUCUGAUGCGUGAGAUCAAGCGAUUGGCUGUUGAGGAUAUGAAGAUUCGGAUCUCUGCACCGGCGGAGCGCAAGUAUACCACCUGGAUCGGUGGUAGCAUUCUUGCUGGUCUGAGCACCUUCAGAAAGAUGUGGGUGAGCGCCGACGAAUGGCAUGAGGAUCCAGAGAUCAUCUUCAAGAAAUUUGCCUAA